AUGGUGAAGUGCAACAAAAAGAAAGAAAUCAAAAUAGGACAAAAGAGGAAGAUGAAGCACUUUGUAAAAGCAUGGUUGCAUGUCUCAGAAGAUGCAGCUACGGGUACAGAUCAAUCGAGAGCGAGGUUAUGGAAUCGAAUUCGGGAUGAGUUCAAUCAACUCUUGGGUUAUCAGAGCGAUCAAAUCAGCUCGGGUUCGAUGCAUCGAAGGUCCAGCAUUCAAUCUCACAUUAAUAAAUAUUCUGGAUUUGUUCACACAAUAGAGAGGACUUCGAUUAGUGGCUAUAACCUUGAAGAUUCGGUAGGAGAUGCAAAACAAUUGUAUUAUAGCUCACAGGAUCACUACUUUAAGUGGCAUGAUUCCUCAAAUCCGUCUACUCUGGCAACAACACCCAGUUCAGCUACAGGAUCAAUUAGUCUUGACAAUGAUGAUGAUUCUCUUUUUACUGAAAAAGCUCAUGAAUUACCUCGACCCGUUGGACGAAAAACAACAAAAAAUAUGCAUAGAAAGAACACCGAUCAACUAGAAGCUAUAAACUUAUUUGUUGCUGAAUUUAAUAUCUUGAGAAAUGAACAAAAGGAAAUUGUUAGACAAGAGGUCAUAAUGGAAAAUGAACGAGAACGUCUGAAACUUCAAGCUAAACAAGAGCGAGAACAACGGAGGGCAGAGGUUAAACUCGAACAAGAGCGAAUGAGAAUUGCAGCCAAACGUGAGCAAGAACGGAUGAGGUUUGAAAAAGAGAUUAUGAUGACUGAUCCAAAUUUGAUCCCUACUGAAGAAGGAAAAGCUUGGGUCAUUGCACAAUAUAAAGAAAUUUGGGCACAUACGAAACAAUGA